AUGUCAAAUAUGAUUGGCCACAAUGGAUAUUAUCCAUGUUAUUAUUGUGAUAUCAAAGGAGUCCACAUUCGGAAACCACGCAAAAGACAAUAUCCAUACACACCAACUAGUAAUUGCCGCACUGUGAACUCUUUUUAUGUUCAUUCGAGAGAAGCUCGAUUGAAAAGUCAAAACAUUUUCGGUCACCUUGGUAUAUCAAUACUGGAAGAUGUACUUGAUGUUCCUCUACCACAUGGAAUAAUAAUAGAUUAUGCUCAUGUGUCAUUGUUAAGACAUUUUCGCGAUGUGAUUCGAGUUGUUGCUUCAUCACUUGCUCCCGCUGUACGUCAAAGAAUCGAUGAUUCACUAAUAAAACAAAGAUUUCCUCAUUUUUUUCAUCAACUAAAAAAUUUACUUCUGUAUGGAUUUAUACCGCAUUUUAUGAAUUAUUUAACAACUGAUCAAUUAUCUUUUAUAUCAUUAUUUACAAUUGGUAUUCGUCUUCUUCAUGCGGAUAGUGUUUUCAAUCAUACUACAAGUGUCACGGCAAAUAAUUUAUUCCGUCAAUAUUAUGCCGAUCAUCAUAAAUAUUAG